UCAAUAUUAAAAAUAAAAUGGACAAGAGUGUUUCAGAGUCUAUCACAGAUAUAAUGAAAAGACAAGUAGAUGCCUUUAAGCAUGCCAAAAAGCCCACUCAAAAGCCCCAUGAAGAACAGAAGAGGGCGAAGAAGAGGAAAAGGACUGAGAAGAAGCUCCGUCCUGCAGAAGUAGAGCUGAAGUCCAGUCGCUUCAGGUGGCUUAACGAGUUACUUUAUACGAGUGAUAGUAAAUCAUCGUUCCAAUACUUUAAGGACAACGAGGGCUGCUUCCAAGAUUACCAUGAUGGCUUUAAGAAUCAGGUAAAGAAAUGGCCGAAGAACCCAGUUGAUAUUUUCAUCACAGAGCUUAAGAAAGAGAAGUAUAGUAGCAAAGUUAUAGCAGAUUUGGGAUGUGGAGAAGGAAACCUCGAGCUGGAGAUCAAGAAGCAUGAUCCGAAUAGGGAAAUAUACUCCUAUGAUAUUGGUAAGAUCAAUGAGCAUGUUAUUCAAGCUGAUAUUGCACAUUUGCCAUUGGAAGAUAAUUCUGUUGAUAUUGCUAUUUUUAGUCUCUCUUUAAUGUCUACCAAUUUCCUGGAUCACUUGUUAGAAGCCAAUAGAAUUUUGAAGGUAGAUGGAUUACUUUUUGUUGCUGAGGUUUCGAGUCGACUUGAAAUUAAUAAAUUUGUGUCUUUAUUGCAUAAAUUUGGCUUUAAAAAGAAGAAGGUUGGGCAAAUCAAAACAUUCUUUUAUGUCAUGACAUUUCAAAGUUUCAAGGCAAAUAAGAAAAAGGUGAAGAAAGUGUUGAAAGAGACAAACCCGGACGACUAUUUAACACCAUGAAAAUACAAGAAACGUUAAGAAAUGCUUUAAAAACAUCACAUUUA